CCAACAUAAUUAUUUCUGCAUGAACUCAUAUGCACAUUUUUAUUUUAAUUUCCAGCUGAACAAGAUUUGGAACAGAUGAGAUCUGAAGAGGAGGCAUUAUUACUAGCAGAAGAACAAUUAAGACAGUACUGGCGUACAACUAGUAUUCUGAUGCGAGAUCAUGUUUAUGAUCGUUUAGGAAAUAUUGCUACGUUAGAUUAUAAUGUCAAAACAGAAUUACUUCCUGAUGACCUUAAUGGGGCGGAAAACAGGGCAUCUUUUGGAGCCACGAUGUUCAAUGAAAUAUCUACUAUUCUGUAUGAUCUGAUAGACUUUAGACGCCAAUGGAAAAAUUAUUUAGAACAUAUAAAAGUCAUUCAUUUACCUAUAUGCCCUCCUUUAUUGAAUGAAAAUGAUUCCGUAAGUAGCAACCAACUGUUGAAAAAGUCUAAACCAGCAAUCGGUUUACAUCCAGAUAAUUUGGAUAAACCUGCAAUAAAAUCUGAAGAUUGUGGUGAUAUUUUAGCAGAAGACUUCGUUGAUAUGAGGUUUUAUAAUGAAAUACUCCAAGGUUUGCCAAUCGAAAGUACUAGCGUUGAGCUAAUACUUCAUGCCGUAUUAGAACAGGUUAUUGCUAAUGAAAAUGAGAUUUUACCACAGGCGGCAUUAAUUGAUGAGAAAGCAAAAAAUGAGGGAUAUGAUCCCCAUAUUUCUAGAAAUAUUGCAAAUGAAGUAGAUAAACUGUUCUUAACUGAAGAAGAGAGAGCUGAAUUAAGUGAAGAAAUGUCAUUACACAAAAAAUCAGGUAAAUCCUCUUUGAAUACUUCACCAAUUAUUAUACUUCAUCCAUAUGAUGAAAAUCGAUAUAAAACAUUGUUUACAGCACAUAAUAAUCAAAAUAAUGAAGAGUUAAUGAAUUCUGAAUUGAAUUUAUACAGUCAAUUUUUUCCAAGUAUAUUUAAUAAUACUUGUAAAGAAAAUACAAAAUUUGAAUGGACACCAGAAUUAAAGCUUGAUAAAAGUAAUAAAGAGAAAAUUGGAAAUGAAAUACUCGAAGAAAGUUAUAAGCGAAUGAAAGAAUUGAGAUUUCAUCAAAUUAUGCAGUUUGCUGAAAAGUUUGGAUUUACACCAGAAGAGUUUAAGCAUUACUUUAGUAAACUUCAACUAGAAAGUUUACAGAUAUGGAAAGCUUAUUCAACAAGGAAACAGUUCCAACAAUCUUUAAAUAUGAUUCAACCAUUAGAUUCCGCUUGGGAGACAUUACCGAAAAAUCACAUCAAUCCAACAAUGGAUCAAUUACUUGAUGAUAUUAACAAAGAUAAUAAUCAGCUUAAAAACACAGCGAUACCAUUCGAUGAUCCAUACUUGUUAUAUGAAAGUUUAUCAGUUUUAUUUACUCAAAUUGAAUAUGAAAUAAAUAAAAUGCGGAAAUUUUCUCUUGAAAAUGAAAUAACCAGUGAGAAACAUCAACAUAAUUCAAUUUAUAAUUCUUUAUCAAAUCAUUCAUCAUCAUCAUUAUUAUCUGCACAACAACGUAGCCGAUCAUUAUCAUCAGAAUCAUCUGUAAACCGAAAGUCAUCAUUAUCAACCAGACAAAGUACACAAACAAGUCAAAAAGGUACUGGAUCCCAUACUACUCCAACUUCAAUAGAAUCUGCAUCUAGAUCUAAAUCAGUCAGUAGUAGACGAAGUUUAUCGGCAGUUCAUUUUGAUGUACCUAGUAAAAGCAUCACUCAUGAAAUUAAAGAUCAAAAAAGCAAAUUUAGUCGAUUAACUUUAUUUGCUCAAGAAUUACAAGAAAUAUUAAAACAACUUCAUAUAAACAAUCAGAUACUGGUUUCAUUUGAUAAAGAAAAAAAUAAAAAUAGCUCUGAAUACCCGUUUGAAGCGUAUAAAGUAUCACUGGAGAAUUUCGGUACACUUCUAAAUAAGGCUAAAAAUAUCCAUCUAAAUGAGUGGUCAGUGGAGGAGAAAUUAGAACCGAAUGUAUUAUUACAGAGAUUACAUUCAUUAAAUUAUGAAAAUCCUUAUUUGGAUGUUUAUAAACGUUUGUAUGAUGAUAGUUUGUUUAUUAUAUCACAUCAUCCAUUUGAUCGGACUAUUCGUUCAAAUCAUUACACGUGGUGUAGUUGGUUUCAUGUGAAUAAAAUAGGUUUUAGACCAUAUCUACAAUUGAUUGAAGGACAUAUUCGAAAUUGGACAAGAGAACAAGAGGCAAUUUAUGAAGCAGCUAAAUUAAGCGCUGAAAUAUUACAAACUGAUGAUAUUGAACGGGCUAAAUUGAAAAAAGAUUUGGAAGAACGUCAAAAAGAAACUAAACGUGUCAGGUCAGCCAAAAAGUCUACAGAAAGAGAAAUUUCUCCUACACAGAAGAGAAAAACUUCUGGUAAGCGCAAUAAAUCGCCGCAUCCCAAGUCACCUGUUCAGAAGAACGAUCAAGAUGAUGAGUCGAUCCAACAACAACAGCUCGGAACCAAGAGAACAAGUAAUGAAUUUUGGCCGGCUUAUCUCGUCGAUUAACAAUUGAAGUAUCGAAUCAACGUCAAGACCGACUGGAAAGCUACCCAUCUAACCAACAGAUUGAUGACCGAGGACUAAAACAGACAGCAAACCAUGAUGCACCGAAGAAAUCCUGCCAUUCAAAUAUAAAAUGGGAUAUCGAUAAAUAUAAUGAAGAGAAUUCAAAAGAUAUUGAAAAUGAUAACUAUAACAUUGACAAUGACGAAUUGAAAGAGAAAUUAAGUAUAGACGAUAAAAUCAUCACCUUCUCGGAACAUCUUGAAAUAACUACUGACACACAUAUAUUGUAUUUGUUAAUAACAGGUUGCCGAAUUGAAAAUUAUAGUUCAGUACAGUCUUCAAUGCUUAAUGCUAGUGAAGAUAUCAUCAAACCGAGGUUUAUUCAACCUCUCAUGUCGUAG